CUGAGCCAGCUGUUUCUUGCUUCUGCAUGCAAAGAAAACACACGUAGGAGUUAUGGCAGUGCAAGGUAGGGAAAGUGUAAGCAAAAGCUUGCAGAGGGAGAUGCAUGAGGAAGAAUGGCCUCUGAAGAGGUAUGGCAGACUCAGAGAUGGAGAGAGAGAAGGGGAGGAGUGGAAGAUAUUUGAAUCAAAUGAUCAGUCUGGUAGACUCACCCUUACUAUUGUGAAUACAGGCCAUUUUUUCAUCUCCCAGGGACAUACACUUCUGGAAGGUUUCUCCCUCAUUUCAGCAGAGACAUGGCUGAAGGUUGGAAGGAAAUCCGACUGCAUUUUAUUUGGGUCAAAAAACCAGCAAGAGUCACGCAUGUUUAGAGUGCAGUUCAAUGGGGAAACCAAGGAAGAAGCUGUGAAAUCCUGUGAUAUGUGCGUGCAAAAGCUGCAGUUGUAUGUCCCUGUACAGGUAAGCAAACAUCUCUGUUACAAAGUAAAGAGGAACAACACUGAUGAAGACAGAGCGAGGGCACAGAGGGAAGAGAUGAGAGAACGUUUCCUGAGAAGAGGAUAUCAGAAUCGGCUAUUAGAACAACAUAUAACAGAAAUUAAUUCACAAGAGACAACAGAUAAACGAGGAGAUCGGGGAACAGAAGCAGAAAAAAUGACACUGGUUACCACAUAUGCAGCAGACAAGAAUGGCCUAAACACCAUCCUUAAAGAAAACUGGAAGAUACUGAGCCUGGAAGAUAACCUCCCAUUCAAAACAAUGGAGAAACCAAGGAUAGGAUACCGGAGGGGAAAAUCCCUCAAAGAUAUACUCUCAUCUGUAAUCCAGCGACAGGAGGAUCCGCGUCUUCCGAUGACGCUACUACUCCGAGGCAACACCUCCACCACUCCGACCAUCCACCUUUCGCGGAUCUUGAGCUCCUCCUCACCUCAGACGGAGCUCCGGCCACAGGAGCAGACAGGGGGUCUAUCACUGCUAACCCCAUGUGAGGAUGUAGGCACCAUCUAUCAACACUCUAUCUUAAGUACAGAUGAACUGGGAUCAUUUCUCAGGCUUUGUUUGUUGGACCAGCAUUUCCCAGCAUUUGUGGAGGCUGUGGAAAAAGAACUUCAGAAACUUACAGAGAGUUGAGCCAGUCAAAGAAAUAAGACGCCCAGCACACAUUUUUUUUUAUAUGUAUGUUUAUCAACAGAUGUAUUCAACGCACACAUUGUUACACUUCAAAUACACAAUCCACAGGUUCAUGCAAUUAGAAGACCCCCACCCCUCUGCCCAAUAAAAGAUAUUACAGCUUUGAUAUACUGAGAUUUACAUCUAGUUGCAUAGAAUAACCAUGCUAUGAACAACAUAU